AUGGCUGAUCCGCCUUCACCAUCGACUCCUUUGGACUCCGCACCGCCGCCCCGCACUACCCCAAUUCACAGCUCGCUUCGUCGCCGAGGCCUCUCGGCGCGCGCUACGACCCUUCUAGAGGGAUCCUCCAACGAGUGGCCCCAGCGUCGCAACUCGACCCUCUCCGACUCAUUGUCUGAAGCGCGCAAUUCAAUCCGUUCUUCGACCGACAAUUUAUUUCUCCCCCGGGUCGCCCUCGACCGUGAUGAGCCCGUGGCACCAGACGAGUCCCACUGGCACUCGGCGCCGCUCGUGCUGGCGCUUCUGCCGGCGAUUGCGGGUGUCUUCUUCCAGGGUGGGAGUUCCUUCGUGACGGACGUGACCCUCAUCGUACUAGCCGGCGUUUUCCUCAACUGGUCGGUGAGAUUGCCAUGGGGCUGGUAUCGAUCCGCACAAGGCAUUCAACGGGAGCAGCACACACUUGAUCCGGUGGCGGAUGACCCCACAGACGUGGAUGGAAACGAAGAAGUCCCCAAGUCGCGUACGGAUCACCAAGCGCAUGACAGACAGGUGCAAUCUGCUGCCCAUCACGAGGCAAUCAGGGAGCUCCAGAUUCAUGAAUUGGUCGCCUUGGGCGCAUGUUUCGUGUGUCCCGUCAUAGGGACCUGGUUGCUGCACGCCAUUCGAUCCAGUUUAUCACGCCCCUCGGAAGGAUUGGUAUCCAACUACAAUCUCACCAUCUUCCUUCUUGCGUCGGAGAUUCGCCCGUUCGCCCAUCUCCUGAAACUCGGCCAAGCGCGCACGCUCCACCUGCAACGAGUGGUAGCAUCGACCCAGGAAGGCGAUAUGAAUCCCGCCACGAUUCAGGAUCUCAGUCACCGCCUGGAGGAGUUAGAAGCCCAUGUCGCCGAAACCGCCGCCGCUCGUCUCGAUUCAAAAUCUUCUGAGAAGACCGAAGCAACUCCCGACAUGAUUGCACAAAUGGUUCUCGAGGCCCGUCGCGCACUGGGGCCUGAUAUCGAAGCGCUGAAUCGCGCUGUGCGCCGGUACGAGAAGCGGACCACCUUGACCGCUCUCCAGACCGACACCCGCUUCCAAGAACUCGAGGCGCAGACCCGCGAUGCAAUUGCACUUGCCGCCGCAUCGCAACGGGCCAGUGCGAAUCGUCGCACCAGCUACGCCUUUACUCUCCUUGAUUGGGCAUGUGCCUGUAUCGUGGUUCCUGCUCAGGUCACCCUUUUCAUCUGCAAUAUUCCAGGACGCAUUGUGACUCGUUGUGUACAGGCGGCUCGACAAAUGUUCGGGCCUCGACGUCCAUUGCCUGCAUCGCGAUCAAAAGGAGGUAAGCGGAAGGUUCAAGCGAUCCCUGCAUCAACAUCUGGGAAAGAAGCUAUGGCGUCGAAGCCAAUGACGGGCUCUGCGGCGAGGAAUCCUCAAUUACAGCAACAGCAGACCUUUGAAUAUGCCUGGGGUGCUGCACGGUGA